AUGUCUCAAAAAGUUGGUCAUUCGUCUCUAGCAUUUGCUCGCCUAUGGCAUCAUGUUGAUUUGGCAAGGGACAAGAGAACGUUGGGUAGAUUAGCCUCGGCUAUUGCGAUAACGUUGAUUGGGAAGCAUAAGCCAGUUUACCAUCAAAGUCAAGAUUGUGGGGAUUAUGUUGUAGUGAGUAAUUGUCAAAGAUUGCGUGUUACUGGUAAAAAGCUCGAACAGAAAACCUACUGGUCGCAUUCGUCAAAGCCAGGUCACUUAAAGUUGAGAACAAUGGAAAAGGUUGUGGCCGACAAAGGGUUUGGUGAGAUUUUAAAGAAGGCUGUCAGUGGUAUGUUGCCCAAAAACAAACUGCGUAAACCCAGAUUGGAGAGGCUCAAGGUAUUCGACGGUGCCGAUCAUCCUUACAAGCAGAACAUAACUGCGUUCGUGUACGAUCAACCGUACGUGCAGUCUAAACUUAAACAACUCAAAGCCAGUGAAGAGGUCAAAUGA